CCAAGUGGAAAGCCUCGAUUUAAAUCCUUGAUUUUAAUCAGCGUUUCCAUUUGUACCUCAGGCAUUUUGUGGAGAGAGCUGCAUUCUCAUUGUACAGGCAAUUAAAAAUGGGUGGCCUUUUUGGAAACUUGGAAAGAGUGAGGCAUGUGAUCACUUACAGCUUGUCUCCAUUCGAGCAGAGGGCAUUCCCUAACUACUUCACCAAAGGAAUUCCAAAUGUAUGGAGGCGAUUUCGUUCACAGGUCUUCAGGGUAGCUCCUCCUUUUGUGGUGGCCUAUGUUGUUUACACCUGGGGGAACGAAGAAUUUGAGCGACUGAAAAGGAAGAACCCUGCUGACUUUGAAAAUGAUGAGUAAUACAGUUAAUAUGGAGAUCUCAGUGUAUUAAUGUCAGUGUCCCUUCCUUGUUUCUAAACUUGUUCACAUACACACAAAAGGAUAUUUAUUAUAGCAGGCUGCGAAAGCUUGUUCAAUAAAUCUUAGUUCC